AUGGGUUUGCUCUGCGCCAAGUUGCGCCACUGCUGCUGCUCCUGUUUCCUUCGGUUUUCUACGCAGUCCCCGCCCGAGGCGGAGGAGUUCCAAGUGCUGAUCCUGGGCCCGGCGGCCAGUGGCAAGACAGAGCUAGGCCAUCGCUUAAGUGGAUUGCAGCGCCCGGAAGACGACCAGGAGGCCACGAAUGGUGUACGUUGCUAUAACGCCAGUAUUUCUUCAGAGGAUCUGCAUCGUCCGGCUGUUAAGCUGAAGCUUACCGAAGUGGGUGGCAAUACGGAGAUGCAGCGUCUUUGGCGGCAUUACUACGCCUCCUCGCAUGCCCUCAUCUAUUGCUUUGAUCUUUCCACGGAUCCGGAGCACCUGCAAGACACCUUCAACCUGCUGGCGGAGAGUCUUAAGGGCACACAGCUCGCUGGCAAGCCGGUGCUCCUGGCGGCAUCACGAUACUGCGACGGCGUCCAGCUGUACGACGUGGAGUAUGCCUUUGGCUUGGAGCAGCUAGCGAGCUCCUGCAACUGUCCGCUGCUCAUAUGCCACAUGGACGAGGCUACGGAUUUGCAGCGCGGUAUCCGGUGGCUGUGCCGCCAGUUGCUGGCCAGGAAGACGCAGUUGGAACGCAGGAUUCGAUACGAUGUCAACAUGCAGGUGUGGCAGCGCCGUAAGAGAUCGCUGUUAUCUAGUGGAAAAUUAGCUCAAGUGCAUCGCCAGCGAUUUCGAAGACAGCACAGAAAGCUUUGGCCAGCAGUCCUGGGAUUCGGUGAAUCGACAGCCCGUCCAAAUACAGCGCCGCCAACGAUUUUCUUUGUGCGUUCGCCGCAGGUGGAAAAUCCCAAGGAUAAUUAG